CUCAGGCCUUCCUGUCUAUAAACAGCAGAGCGCUGUUUACAACGUGAAACCACCUGGGGGGAGAGUCAGCAUCUGCACAAACAAGAUGGGAAUAGAAGACGAGGCAGACAGGACGCUGUUCAUCAGAAACCUGGACCAGAGAGUGACGGAGGAGCUAAUGUUCGAGCUCUUUUUACAGGCAGGACCUCUCAUCAGAACCAAGAUCCCGAAAGACGUGGACGGGAAACAGAAAACAUUUGGUUUUGCUGUGUACAAACACGAGGUGUCUGUGCCGUAUGCCAUGGAGCUGCUCGACGGGGCGACGCUGUUCGGCAGAACUCUCCAUGUGCAGUUCAGAUCAGGAAGCAGUCAUAGCAGCAGUCCAGGGAACUCCCAGAAUUCAAGUCCUGCAAAUACUCCAAACCCCCACGGCCAGAGGACGCCGAACCACUACAAUUCUCCACCAUAUACUCCUCCGCCCCAGAUGCAGAGACUCUUUUCACCUCCCGAUAAUCUGCAGAAACAUGCCAUCAUGAACAACAUGAUGUGGCAGGCCGAGCAGUUGAACUCCGGCUUCUCCAAGACUCAGCAGAGGCAGCCGCCCUCAGGUGGGAACUCCAGACAACAGGACAGCAGCCCCUAUCGGCAUCAUCCAACCAACGCCAACAGCGGCCCCAGAACCCAGCGCUACGGGGAGGAGUCAGGUACUGGGCGUCACCAGCAACACAACCGGGACAACUAUCAGCCCCAGGGCGACAGGAGCGGCAACCGUCACCAUGAUGGCAGAGGCGGAAACAGACAUUAUGACGACAGGAGCAGCAACCGUGGCUACCAGGAUAAUCGAUGGCGGCGGUACUGAUGCAUACUGAGGAUUCCUGUAAAGACUUCAGUUCUUCACAGAUUUGGGCACAGCUUCCUUAAGAAGAGCAUGAAUUAUGUUGAUAAACUCACAUGUGUACUCAGGUUGUUUGUACAUCAUCCUACCAGUGGGCGAGAUUUAAUAACUUAUGCCUUAUGGUGGUUUUUGUUUACUUUUUAAGGCGUUUUUUAAAUUUGUAAACUACUUUCGUGUGAGGUUUUUCUCAAAGCUGACGCUAAAUAUUUAGAGGUGAAGAAUUGUGUUACCCUGAGAGCAAGGACAGAAAAAAGAAUCAGACAUGACUCAGUCAUAUUUGGAAGACAAAAGACAUGUUGAAAAAAGAAAAUGAUUUAAAGUAUCGGCAAGUUUUUAUGUUAUGCAAAUCGUGUUGAAUGGUGCUGCCAGAAUUUUUAACUCUUCAGGUAUUUUGCCACAAAAAGAACAAUGUCAGUGUCGGCUAAAGAUUCCACCAGCACCACUUUUACUGCAAUAUGGCACUAUCUUUCUUAUUGUUAGAUCACAUGACCUUGCUCUUUCUAAAAAAAAGAAAAAGUCUUUUUAUUUUUAUUUUUUAAUUCUGAGUCUGUACGGUGAACUGUUUUACAAUGAACAUUUUCAUUAUUAUAAAACAAUAUCAGUGA